UUUUUUUUUUCUAAUUUCUUUUUCCCCUUCUUGAUCGUUUAAACAUGGACGAUAAAUCACGUAAUUACAAAUGGGCAAGUUCGAAAAAACGAUACGAAUGGAAACAGGAAUAUGAAAAUGGAAUCGCUCCUAGGGACAAGGAUUUGGAAGAAGAAUUAUUUGGGGAAGAUUCACAUAUUCCCAGUGGUAUCAACUUCUCGAAAUACAAUGACAUUACUGUUAAGGUCAAAGGCAGUAAUGUACCAAAGAGGUUUGAUUCAUUUGCAGAAGCAGAUCUUCACCCGGUCAUGAAGGAAAACAUUGCAUUGGCUAGGUACACGAUCCCUACUCCUGUUCAGCGUAAUUCUAUUUCUUUUGUUACUGCUGGUCGUGACUUGAUGGCUUGUGCUCAAACUGGUUCUGGCAAAACGGCUGCGUUUUUGAUCCCUACUUGCUCUUCUUUAUUCUCUCAACCACAUUUGAUAACACGCGACAAUCAUUCCGGACGACGUUUUACUGCCAAACCUUUAGUUUUGAUCGUGGCCCCAACUCGUGAAUUAUGCUCUCAAAUCUUUGAUGAAGCCCGUCGUUUUUGUUAUCGCAGUAUGUUACGUCCAUGUGCUGUUUAUGGUGGUGCUGGUGUGCCUGGACAAAUCCAAGAAGUUAUUGCAGGAUGUGAUGUAUUAGUGGCUGCACCUGGUCGUUUGUUGGAUUUUAUGGAACGUGGUGUGAUCAGUUUAUCAAAUGUCAAAUAUCUUAUUCUUGAUGAAGCGGAUCGUAUGCUUGAUAUGGGUUUUGAAAGAACUAUCCGUAAUAUUGUGGAAAGACAUGAUUUACCUAAAGAUCGUCAAACUUUAUUAUACAGUGCAACAUUCCCCAAAGAAAUUCAAUUAUUGGCAAGAGACUUUUUACGACCUGAUUAUUUGUUUUUGCGAGUUGGUCGUGUUGGUGGAACUACUACUGAUAUUACUCAAAAGGUGAUGUGGGUGGAAGAACAAGAAAAACGUGAAAAACUCAAGACUAUUUUACUCUCUCAGCCUCCUUGUAGAACAUUGAUCUUUGUUGAUACGAAACGUUCUGCUGAUUCGUUGGAUAACUUCCUUUACCAGAAUCAAUUUCCCAGUACAUCAAUUCAUGGUGAUCGAUCUCAAAUGGAACGAGAAGAUGCUAUUUUGGCAUUUAAGAGUGGUACUUGUCCUAUCCUAGUGGCAACAGCGGUUGUGGCUCGUGGUAUUGAUAUCAAGAACGUGAUGCAUGUCAUUAAUUUUGACAUGGUAAAUGACAUUGACGAAUAUAUUCAUCGUAUUGGUCGUACGGCUCGUGUGGGUAAUGCUGGUUUGGCAACUUCGUUCUUCAACAAUAACAAUAUACCUGUAGCACAAGAUCUUACUAAGGUUCUUCAAGAAUGUCAACAGGAAAUUCCUCCCUUCUUGACUCAAUAUAUUUCCAAAACUUUGCGUUUCAAAGAUGAUGAAGAUGACGAUGAUGAUCUAUCUAGUUAUCAACACCAACUUAGCAAUGGUACAACUUCUGGCGGAUGGGCAAAUCAAGAACCACAAUUUAACAAUGAUGCCUCUGGUGGAUGGGAUCCUGAUGCUACCCCUUGGUGAAAUAUAUAGGAUAGUUUUCUCUCUCUCUCUAUAUAUAUCUAUAUAUAUCAUCCCUUUAUCAAUUCUUUUCUGUAUUCAAUAAAAUUUGACAC